AUGAAAGUAAUCGUCGUAUAUGACAAAUCUACCACUAAUGGAAUUUCUUAUGACAUUUCUAUCCGAAGAUAUCCAGAAGAUUUUAAAACACAUUUAAACACAUGGUGUGCUGAUGAUACAAUAAGUAGAAUUACAUUUAAAAAUAAAAUAUAUGUUUAUAACGAUCAUUUUGAUUUUCAAAUUAUGAAAAAUGCCAAUGAUGGGGAAAUACAUGUUUAUAAAAAUUUAUCUGCAGAAGAACUGCAACAACUAGAAAAUCAAAUAAAACUUCAAGAUGAUGAAGAGGAACGUAGGAGGAAUGAAGCUUUAAACAGUUUAAAUAUUGAUGAUUUACAAGAAAAAUCCGUAACAAGUAGCAAGAAAAAGAAGAAAAAAACAGGCAAACAAUCACAACCAAAAAGUGAUAAUGUGGAAGGCAAACAAUCACAACCAAAAAGUGAUAAUGUGGAAGGCAAACAAUCACAACCAAAAAGUGAUAAUGUGGAAGGCAAACAAACUGAAGAAAAAAAACAGCAUUCACCCUCGUCGUCUACUUCAACACCUUCCCUAACACAGAAUUUGUGCACAAAACAGACUCAUGCACAGAGACGGUUUGAUGAUCCGACCGACGACGAUGAUGAAUUAAUUGACAAUGAUGUUUAUAGGCAAAAAGUAGAGUUCGGUGCACACAUUACGCAAGUAAAUAUUAUUGAUUUAGAAUAUGAACCCGAUAAUCCGUAUCAAAAUCAGUUCAAAUCAUUCAUAAAUGAAGAGAUUUUAGUCAAUCAGGAUAGUCCACAAAAACCUCUACAAACAGACGAACAAACUGUAGGUUUAACGGGUGAAUUUUUAUUAUUAUACCAAAUGUUAAACAAGAAGAUUGAUUUUGUCGACAAGAAGAUUGAUUUUGUCGACAAGAAGAUUGAUUUUGUCGACAAG